AUGACCAGCAUAGAUGAGCUUUUCAAGAAACCUACUUCAGCAGCCAGCGCCAAGCGCAAACUAGACGCUACCACAGAUCCAAACGAACUCUACAAGGCAGCUAAGUUAGAUGCACAUGGCGAUGUGAAAUCCAAAGGAAAGGAGCCAAUGGUUGAAGAUGAGAACGAAGAUGAUGGUGAAGCCGGUCCAGAUUUACCUCCGGACUUUGACGCCGAGGAUAUCCCAGACGAUGAGGAAGGGCGCUUUUUCGGAGGCGGUAUGGAGCACCAAACAGCUCAGGCGAUGCAGUAUAUUGAUCAGCAGGACGGAGGGGAUGUUGCGCCCGAGAAAUUCGACACCGCAUGGCUGCGACGAUUUGCUCUCAAUUUCGAGAAGAAGAUAUCAAAGAAUGCCGAAUUGCGCGGAAAACAUGAGAACGACCCGCAAAAGUUCCUGGCCUCCGAAGCCGAUCUAGACAGCGAAAUUAAGGGACUAUCCAUUCUCUCAGAGCACCCCGAAUUAUACGCGGAGUUCUCAAAGUUGGGCUGCGUAGGCUCUCUGAUCUCUUUGCUCUCGCACGAAAACGCAGAUAUUGCCAUUGAUGCGAUUCAAAUCAUCAGUGAGUUGACCGACGAAGACGUUGAAGCAGAGCAAGAACAAUGGGAUACAUUGGUAAAUGCAAUGUUGGACGCCGACCUCAUCGAACUAUUAGCCCAGAACUUGUCACGGUUGGACGAAGAGUCUGAUGUCGACAGAGCAGGAGUUUACUAUGUACUGAGUGUCCUGGAGAACCUUGCGUCACAAACAUCGCAUGCAGAGAGGCUAGGCGAUGAUUCAAAUCUGCUUCCAUGGCUCCUGGCUCGCAUACAGAAGAAGGAAAGACCGGUCAGCCAAAACCAGCAAUACUCAGCUGAAAUAUUAGCCAUUCUAUUGCAGUCGUCAUCCAAGACGCGAAACAAAUUCAUUGUCCUCGAGGGCGUUGAUAUCCUUCUUCAACUACUCAGCCAGUACCGUAAGCGCGAUCCUGCAAAGGAUUCAGACGAGGAAGAAUUCGUGGAGAACCUGUUUGACUGCUUGAUCUGUCUUGUUGAUGAAGAUUCUGGGAAGGAAAAGUUUCUUGAGGGCGAAGGUAUUGAACUUGCACAAAUCAUGCUGAAGGAGGGAAAGUUCAGUAAACCGCGCGCUUUGCGGGUCUUGGAUCAUGCCCUAGGUGGACUGGGAGGCAGGCCCGCGUGCGAAAGGUUUGUCGAAGCAGCAUGCUUGAGAACAGUGUUUGGAAUGUUCAUGAAGAAGCAAGAGAAUCAAACGAUAGAACAUCUGCUGGGUAUAUUUGCUUCGCUUCUGCGUCUACUACCUGGGGGUUCAGCAGCCCGUAUCCGUACUCUUGCUAAGUUCAUGGAAAAAGAUUAUGAGAAGAUUGAGAAGCUAGUCAAGCUGAGGCGCGACUAUGCGUCGAGGGUAUCGCCAGUUGAACAAGAUAUUGAGAAAGAACGAAAGAAUUUCACUGAAGAGGAACGCGAGGUGAUGGCAGUUGAAUGGCUCUCUCGGCGGUUUGAUGCAGGUCUAUUCUCCCUCCAGCUUAUCGAUGUGAUGCUGGCGUGGCUUGUGGCUGAAGAUGACGGUGCUAAAAAGAAGAUUGUGUCCCUCUUGGCGGACCGCGACGAAGGCCUUUCUCUUAUUCAAGGUACAUUGAAAGGCAACUCCGUCAAAAUGGCUGAUUACGAUGAUGCUUACGAGGAUGAGUUUUACGAUGAUAUGGAGGAGGGAAUCACCUCGGAGGAUUGCUGGACUGUCAUCUCGUCUUUCUUCGAUACGAAGGGUCUAGUCUCGCAGCAGCUGGAUUCUUUCGAUGAAUUCAUCUCCUCGACAAUGCAAGAACUGGUGGAGGAACAAGGCCAAGUAACACUCGACCAGACACUUCCACCGGACGAAGAUGAAGUCGACCCCGUUGUUGUCCGUCGCUAUGAGCUCAAGUUCGGAACAGUUAUGCUUUCCCGUCCCUCCGUUACUGAGGGUGAUGGUGCCACUACUAUUAUGUUGCCCCAGGAAGCUCGUCUCCGAAACCUCACCUACGCUAGUCCCCUCUAUCUCGGCAUUACAAAGCGAAUCAUGGAAGGUAGAGAGCGAUCAGUUGCUGAUCGUGACGAUGAGGAGAUGGAGGAAGAUGAAGACAGAAAGGCUCGUGGCACCUACCUCCAGUGGGAGCAGAAGGAGCUGCCGGCCGAUCAAGCCAAAGAGGAAACCGUUUUCAUCGGAAAAGUGCCUAUCAUGCUCAAGUCCAAGUAUUGUAUUCUUAAGGACCUGAGCGAGCAGGCUCUGUACAACUGGAAUGAAUGCCCUUACGACUCCGGUGGUUAUUUCAUCAUCAACGGAAGCGAAAAGGUUUUGAUUGCCCAGGAGCGAAGUGCAGGUAACACGGUCCAGGUUUUCAAGAAAGCACCUCCGAGUCCAACACCUUAUGUCGCCGAAAUUCGAAGUGCCGUCGAGAAGGGGUCUCGACUUCUAUCUCAACUCUCUCUCAAGUUGUUCGCUAAGGGUGAUAGUGCAAAGGGCGGAUUCGGCCCUACUAUCAGGUCGACAUUGCCCUACGUGAAAACCGACAUUCCAAUCGUUGUCGUUUUCAGAGCGCUCGGUGUGGUCUCUGACGAGGACAUUCUUAACCACAUUUGCUACGACCGUAACGAUAUCCCUAUGCUGGAAAUGCUAAAGCCUUGUAUUGAAGAGGGUUUCGUCAUUCAAGAUCGUGAAGUUGCUUUGGACUUCAUUGCUAAGCGUGGCUCUUCCCAGUCAAGCAUGAACCAUGAGCGUCGUGUGAGAUACGCGCGUGAAAUCAUGCAGAAGGAGCUGCUUCCUCAUAUCUCACAGAGCGAAGGUAGUGAGACUCGAAAGGCAUUCUUUUUGGGUUAUAUGGUCCACAGACUUCUGCAGUGUGCUCUAGGCCGCCGGGAUGUUGAUGAUCGUGAUCAUUUCGGAAAGAAGCGUCUCGAUCUUGCAGGUCCACUUCUGGCGAACCUUUUCCGUGUUCUGUUUACCCGAGUUACUCGUGAUCUCCAGCGUUAUGUCCAGAGAUGCGUUGAGACCAACAGAGAGAUCUACCUCAAUAUUGGUAUCAAGGCCAGUACACUGACCGGUGGUUUGAAGUACGCCCUUGCUACUGGUAACUGGGGUGAACAGAAGAAGGCCGCAAGCGCUAAGGCUGGUGUGUCGCAAGUGCUCAGUCGUUAUACCUACGCUUCUACCUUGUCACAUCUUCGUCGAACCAAUACGCCUAUUGGUCGUGAUGGUAAAAUUGCUAAACCUCGCCAGCUUCACAAUACCCAUUGGGGGUUGGUUUGUCCAGCAGAGACCCCUGAAGGUCAGGCUUGUGGCCUGGUCAAGAAUUUGGCUCUCAUGUGUUAUGUCACUGUUGGUACACCUAGCGAACCUAUCAUUGACUUCAUGAUUCAGCGUAACAUGGAAGUUCUUGAGGAGUUUGAGCCUCAAGUCACACCUAACGCAACAAAGGUCUUUGUCAAUGGAGUGUGGGUUGGUAUUCAUAGAGAUCCCGCUCAUCUUGUCAAUACGAUGCAGUCGCUGCGGCGACGGAACAUGAUCUCUCACGAAGUCAGCUUGAUUCGUGAUAUCCGUGAGCGGGAGUUCAAAAUUUUCACGGAUGCUGGACGUGUUUGCAGGCCGUUGUUCGUCAUUGACAAUGACCCGAAGAGCGAAAACUGCGGCGGUCUGGUCUUAAACAAGGAACACAUCCGCAAGUUGGAACAAGACAAAGAAUUACCACCCGACCUCGACCCUGAAGAUCGUAGAGAACGUUACUUUGGAUGGGAUGGGUUAGUGAGAUCGGGUGUGGUAGAGUAUGUUGACGCCGAAGAAGAAGAGACGAUCAUGAUUGUCAUGACACCGGAAGACCUGGAUAUUUCCAAACAGCUUCAGGCUGGCUAUGCCCUUCCUGAAGAAGAACUUGAUCCUAACAAACGUGUCCGCUCUAUACUGAGCCAGAAGGCACAUACUUGGACACAUUGUGAGAUUCAUCCUAGUAUGAUUCUCGGUGUUUGUGCUAGUAUCAUUCCUUUCCCUGAUCACAAUCAAUCGCCCCGUAAUACAUACCAGUCUGCUAUGGGUAAGCAGGCUAUGGGUGUGUUCUUGACAAACUUCGACCAGCGCAUGGAGACCAUGGCGAAUAUUCUCUACUACCCUCAGAAGCCACUGGCGACAACACGGUCAAUGGAGUUCCUGCGUUUCCGUGAAUUGCCAGCUGGUCAGAACGCCAUCGUUGCUAUUGCUUGCUAUUCCGGUUACAAUCAGGAAGAUUCGGUUGUUAUGAACCAAAGCAGUAUUGACCGUGGUCUUUUCCGCAGUCUUUUCUACCGUACGUACACGGACAGUGAGAAGAUGAAGCCAAUGCGACAGGAUACGAUUGGCAUGAGAAAGGGCACUUAUGAUAAACUGGAUGAGGAUGGUAUCAUUGCUCCUGGCGUACGUGUCUCUGGUGAGGAUAUCAUCAUUGGUAAGACGGCCCCUCUGGCUCCCGACGCGGAGGAGCUCGGCCAGAGAACGAAAGCCCAUACAAAGCUGGACGUCUCCACGCCUCUUAGGAGUACGGAGAGCGGUAUUGUGGACCAGGUUCUGGUGUCCACCAGCAAUGAUGAUCUGAAGUUCGUCAAGGUCCGUAUGAGGACUACCAAGAUCCCUCAGAUUGGAGACAAGUUCGCUUCGCGUCACGGACAGAAGGGUACCAUUGGUAUUACCUACCGUCAGGAAGACAUGCCGUUCUCUCGGGAAGGUGUUUCGCCCGAUUUAGUUAUCAACCCUCACGCCAUUCCCUCGCGUAUGACCAUUGCUCACUUGAUUGAGUGCCAGCUUAGUAAGGUAUCAGCCCUGCGUGGCUUUGAGGGUGAUGCAACACCCUUCACCGAUGUUACUGUCGAUUCUGUUUCUCGUUUACUUCGCGAGCACGGCUACCAGUCUCGCGGAUUUGAGGUAAUGUACAACGGUCAUACCGGCCGGAAGUUAGUGGCUCAGGUAUUCUUGGGACCUACGUACUACCAACGUCUGCGACACAUGGUCGAUGACAAGAUCCAUGCCCGUGCUCGUGGACCGACUCAGAUCUUGACUAGACAGCCCGUGGAAGGUCGUGCCCGUGAUGGUGGUCUCCGAUUCGGAGAGAUGGAACGUGAUUGUAUGAUCGCCCAUGGAGCAAGUGCCUUCCUAAAGGAACGUCUCUUUGACGUUUCUGACCCGUUCCGCGUCCACAUCUGCGAUGACUGCGGAUUAAUGACGCCUGUUGCUAAACUGAAGAAGGGACUUUUCGAGUGUCGACUGUGCAACAACAAGCACAGGAUCUCGCAGGUGCAUAUCCCGUAUGCCGCCAAGCUUCUGUUCCAAGAGCUGGCCUCGAUGAACAUUGCUGCCCGCAUGUUUACCAACCGUUCCGGCGUGUCCGUGCGGUGA